UGACCAUCUCCAGACGGACCUGCCAAUCAGCACCUUGGUCUUUCUCUCAGUAAUCAGCAACGCCUGCAGUGAAACCAUGUCUCAAAGCAAAGAGUUGGUGACAUCGUCAAUUUCUCCUAGCUUCACUAGGGACCUUUUGCCUGCUGCAGAGAGAACCGCUCUGCUGUUCCAGCUGACAUAUCUCUACCUGGCCGGAUUCCCAGAACUGGAGAAGAUGAUUCGAGAGAGAGCGCUGACGACCAGACUCCUCUUUGUGUCUUCAGAGAGAGUCAUGUUUAAGUGUCUGUGUACCAGUCAGAACCUGGUGAAGACUCUCUUCCCCAUACUCAAAGUAUGCAUACAGAAGAACAAGGUUGAGAUGGCAAAGAAGUAUUUGGCGAAGGCCCAAGGCUGGAUUACAGAGAUCGUUGAGGCCGCUCAGAAAAUGGUGGAAGAGUAUACAGAAGAGAACAAGGAACUGACUAAAACCACUAGUACAAUCUACGAUAAAAAAACAGAAAAGAAGAAAAUUUCUGACAAGAUGACCGGUCUUCGUGGCCAACUGGAAAAAUCCAAAAUACUUCUGCAAACAACUCAGAAGGAAAAGGAGGCUAAACAGAGAGAGAUAGAAGAAGCAACAUCCAAACGUGACAAUCACAUUUCAUACAUGGCUUCAUGUGACCGAAUGUUUGCUGCCAGACGCACCUUCUCAUUCUGGGUGUUCUCCUGGAGCUCCGGCCCAUCUGAAUCACAUGUGGCCCAGACACAAGACAACAACCGGCAAGUCCUUAAGCAGCUGAGCCAGGUGCUGGAGAAGCACAUGGAAGCCAUGAACAACUUGAGGAGGAGGGAACAGCAGACGCAGGAUGACCUGAUGGCCAAAAAUAUGGAGAUGAUGGAUUUGAGUAUCAAAGACGGUUCAAUUCCUGAUCCGGACAUUCUGAAGUCUGUAAAGCAAUGUCUUGUCCGGAUUCAGAAUGUUCUGAUUCUGAUGUUGCGGUUUUGGGGACAUGUGGAAGAGAUCUUGCUGACGCUUGAGAAAAAGACGUUUACUGGCAAUGACCUGCUGGAGGAUCUGGAGUUCUUCAAGGAGAUCUAUCUCCAGUCAAUUACUGAGGCUGAGGAGGCUUGGCAGGCAUUUGGUGAGUCCUGCAUGAAGUGCCAAGAAGUGUUUGACAUCCAGUCCAAGGCGGGCUACAUGUUCCUUGAGAUGAACCCCUCAACUCUUUCUCCAGAAGAGAAGGGGAAACAGAUUUCUGCUGUGAUCAAGAGGCUGAAGGCCAUUGGUCCAUAGAUAGUCUGUAUGAGAUAAAACACUUCAGAAAGCGCCCAUAGGAAUGAACGGGGGCAAUUGGCUACGCUAAUAUGGCACCUGCUUGCAUAUAUCCCAGCUGUCCGGCAACAAGAGCUCAUUGCUUGCUGAGCUGCGCUGUCAUUUAUCCAAUCAUCUCGCCAAUGAUUUACAGCAUUGCUUUCAUAUAUUCGGCCAAUCUGAGAUAGCCAUUAUGAACUAGUUUUCAUUGUGAUUCCAACCAUAUGGGUUGUGGUUUGCUCCUUUGUUCCAUUUCUGUGUAAUCAUUCAUUUUAGGACGCCCAAACAUAUCACCCCCUUCGGGUUUUCCGACAAAUCGCACCCUGGUCUUACUAAUCUGAAAAUUGCAACCCUGAGGCGUAGCCAAGAUGGCCGCUGAGUGAAAGGACUUUAUGGGGCACCUAAGUCACGCCCUCUACUUGCUGGUUCAUGGGGCAGAGGGAGUAAAAAAAAAUACUGGGCUUGAAAGAGUGGUUUUUCGACAACAAUCCAAGCCUUGGACCUCCACUUAUGCACCACAAAUCCACCACGACCCGCCUCGUUCACUUCAAUUCAAUUUUUUGCAGCAACUUACUGCCCCAUGGACCAGGAAGUUGAGGGCGUGACUUAGGUGCCCCAUCAAAGUGACUUUGAUUGGUCAGUAGACCAGGCGUCACCAACAUGGUGCCGUCAGGUUUCCCUCCAGAAGCCUCUGAGGUGCCCACCAAGGAUGUCAAAAAUAAUGAAUACGACAAGGAUUUAGUCAUAGAUUUUUUUUUACCUUGAUUAUUUCUUAAUGAACAUUAUCAAUAAUGAAAAACAAUCAAUCAUUUGAUCAAAGUGUGAUUUGAAAAGGAUGUCAGGAGCUUCUGAGAGGCCCACCAAGGAUGUCAAAAAAUAGUGAAUACGACAAGGAUAUAGUCAUGAAUUUUGUUUUAUUUUGAUUAUUUCUUAAAGGUGCACCGUGUAAUAGUUUUAGCAGUUCAUUUCCAGAAUCCAUGCUGCCCAUUCACAAAUGUUACCUUUUUAACAAAUACUUACCACCACCAUCAAA